AAUAAGGGACCUGUCACUGAAAAGCCUAAAGGCUAAAUCUAAAAUAAAAGCCGCCAAAUGAACUAGCACAUACUCAACAAAACAGAAGGGCCCCUCCCCCCCCUCCACAACACGAUUAUACCAUCAACAGCCAAGCCAAGCCAAGCCUAAAAUCAAUCUCUCUUUCUCCGUGUGUCUCUUCAAUGGCGUCGUACUCUGCUUCCAUCUCUAGCACAAAUCGCAUUCUCACAUCAAAUGCAUUGUCGCAUGACUCUAGGCCUAAUACUAAGAAGAAGAUCUCCACUUCUCGAUUCUCUACUUUGUCUCUUCUUCCACCUUCGCCUCUUUUAAGGACAGCUUUGCUUUCCCAGUGUGGAAGAAGGGAGUCAGCAUGCGGUCAUGUCUCUUCUUCCAUUAAAGCUGUUUUACUUGAUGAAUCCAAAGAAAAGGUUCGCCUUCCCAAAGGCGAUAUGUGGUCGGUUCAUAAGUUUGGCGGUACUUGUGUGGGAACCUCUGAUCGGAUCAAGAAUGUAGCUGAGAUAAUCAUCAAUGAUGUUUCACAGGGGAAGUUGGUGGUUGUUUCAGCCAUGUCAAAAGUGACAGAUAUGAUGUACGACCUCAUUCACAAAGCACAAUCACGAGAUGAUUCUUAUAUAGCUGCUGUUGAUGCUGUUUUCGAAAAACAUAGAUCAACAGCUAUGGACCUUCUUGAUGGGGAUGACCUUGCUAGUUUUCUGUCCCGGUUACAUCAUGAUGUUAAUAAUCUCAAAGCCAUGCUUCGUGCAAUAUACAUCGCUGGCCAUGCAACAGAAUCAUUUACUGAUUUUGUUGUAGGACAUGGAGAGUUAUGGUCUGCGCAGAUGUUAUCAUAUGUUGUCAGAAAGAGUGGGCAAGAUUGUAAAUGGAUGGACACAAGAGAAGUGCUUAUUGUAAAUCCUACCAGCUCGAAUCAGGUUGAUCCUGAUUUCGUGGAAUCUGAGAAAAGAUUGGAAGAAUGGUUCGCUAAACAUCCAUGCAAAACAAUAGUUGCAACUGGUUUCAUCGCCAGUACACCUCAGAAUAUUCCCACAACUUUGAAGAGGGACGGCAGCGACUUUUCUGCAGCUAUAAUGGGUGCCCUAUUGAGGGCACGACAAGUCACUAUUUGGACAGAUGUUGAUGGGGUUUAUAGUGCGGACCCUAGAAAAGUUAGUGAGGCGGUAAUUCUAAGGACAUUAUCUUAUCAAGAGGCCUGGGAAAUGUCUUAUUUUGGUGCAAAUGUUUUACAUCCCCGCACUAUUAUUCCUGUUAUGCGAUAUGAUAUUCCAAUCAUGAUAAGGAAUAUUUUCAAUCUCGCUUCACCUGGAACAAUGAUUUGUCGGACUUCUACUGAUGAAAAUGAAGAUUGCCAGAAAUUGGAGUCGUUUGUUAAAGGUUUUGCAACAAUCGACAAUGUGGCUCUUGUGAAUGUUGAGGGAACUGGAAUGGCUGGUGUACCUGGUACAGCUAGUGCCAUUUUUGGUGCUGUGAAGGAUGUGGGAGCUAAUGUCAUAAUGAUAUCCCAGGCUAGUAGCGAGCAUUCUGUAUGCUUUGCUGUGCCCGAAAAGGAAGUAAAUGCUGUUGCAGAGGCAUUGCAAUCUAGAUUUCGUCAAGCUUUGCAUGCUGGACGCCUUUCCCAGGUUGCCAUCAUUCCGAAUUGUAGCAUUUUAGCAGCAGUUGGCCAGAAAAUGGCUAGCACUCCUGGGGUCAGUGCUACUCUAUUCAAUGCACUAGCUAAGGCUAGCAUUAAUGUCCGCGCCAUAGCUCAAGGUUGCUCUGAGUAUAAUAUCACAGUAGUAGUCAAGCGUGAAGAUUGUAUAAAGGCUUUAAGAGCUGUGCACUCAAGGUUUUAUCUCUCAAAAACAACAAUAGCUAUGGGGAUUAUUGGACCUGGUCUGAUUGGUGGUACAUUACUUGACCAGCUCAGGGAUCAGGCAGCUGUCCUUAAGGAAGAAUUUAACAUUGAUUUGCGUGUUAUGGGAAUCACUGGAUCCAGGAGAAUGCUUUUGAGUGAAGUUGGAAUUGACCUAUCAAGAUGGAGAGAACUCACAAGGGAGAAUGGUGAAGUGGCUGACAUGGAGAAAUUUACCCACCAUGUGCAUGGAAAUCAUUUUAUUCCAAAUACUGUGUUGGUAGAUUGCACAGCAGACACUAGUGUGGCGAAAUGUUACUAUGAUUGGUUGAGGAAAGGAAUUCACGUGAUUACCCCAAACAAAAAGGCAAAUUCAGGACCACUUGAUCAGUAUUUAAAGUUGAGAGCUCUUCAACGUCAAUCCUAUACACAUUAUUUCUAUGAAGCAACUGUUGGAGCUGGCCUUCCAAUAAUUAGCACUUUACGAGGUCUCCUUGAAACUGGAGAUAAAAUAUUGCAAAUUGAAGGAAUUUUCAGUGGAACUUUGAGUUAUAUUUUCAACAACUUCAAAGGCACAAGAUUGUUUAGUGAGGUGGUGGCAGAGGCAAAGCAGGAAGGUUAUACUGAACCAGAUCCGAGGGAUGAUCUAUCUGGAACAGAUGUUGCCCGAAAGGUGAUAAUUCUUGCAAGGGAAUCUGGUUUGAGGUUGGAGCUUUCUGAUAUACCUGUUCGAAGUCUUGUGCCUGAACCAUUGAGAGCCAGUGCAUCUGCUGAAGAAUUUAUGACAGAGUUACCAAAAUUUGACCAAGAAAUGGCUAAGGAAAGACAAGAGGCCGAGGAUGCUGGGGAUGUCUUGAGAUAUGUUGGAGUGGUGGAUGUGGUGAGGCAAGAAGGGCGUGUUGAGUUGCGAAGAUAUAAGAAAGAUCAUGCAUUUGCCCAGCUCUCAGGUUCUGAUAACAUCAUAGCAUUCACUACUACAAGGUACAAGGAGCAACCUCUAAUUGUCCGUGGGCCUGGUGCUGGGGCUCAAGUGACAGCUGGUGGAAUAUUCAGUGACGUUUUGCGGUUAGCCUCAUAUCUAGGCGCUCCAUCAUAAUAACCUUGCGAUUUUUUUAGCUGUGCUUCCAUCUUAGAUAUUUUUCAUUUCUUUUAUCCUAGGCUUGAGUUUGUGCUUGUGUUAGUCUAGUGGUAGUAGUGCUUGAGCUGCAGUUAAGUAUCCUAGUGUAUGCCAUGCCAUUGUUUUAAACAUUAAAUUGCUGAAACAGCUUUGGGGCUAGAGUAAUUUUGCAAACAUAUAUUCGGCCUUGCCUAUUUUUUUCUUGCCUAAGGCGCGGUAGCUUUCAGAAAUGGUAAAUAUAAUCCUGUCAAAAGUGCUCCUCUACAAUUCAA